AUGGCCACAAUGCUUACAAACCAUAUCUGCAUUCUUAUUACGUCGUUGUUAUUGUUUGCUUUUCCAACAGCAAACGCCAUUCCAAAAAGAGACGUCGAGAACCUAUGCAGAGAGACUACUGACUUCUCCUUCUGCCUCACAUCCCUCGAGUCGGAUCCGCGAAUAGCAGCCGCACGUGACCUCCACGACGUGCUUUUAAUUGCGAUAACGCUGUCAAAAAUUCAAGUGGACGACGCAACCACCCACAUUGGCACAGUCAGUGGAAAGUACAGUGGUCCGAAUGGAAAGAGACGGAUCGGAGUUUGCAGGAGGAAUUACGGAAUCGCUUCGGCUAAGUUUCAGACUGCUUGGGAACUUGCACUUAAAAAAUCGUAUUGGGAAAUGGAGAAACAGGCAAAAAUUGGCACCAACGCUGUGGUCGACUGCGAAAACGGAUGGAGAAGGGGUGGUCCGAUACAAAAGUCUCCUCUCACUUUCUAUAACACAAAUGUUUCCAAGCUAUCUGGAAUCGUUUUUCUUAUUUUCCAAAAGCUUAAAUAACCUUAAACUUGUACCGUAAUUUUGAUAUUGCAUGACCACCGUGUAAUAAAUUUUGGGGAAUAAUAAU